AUAAUUGAAUAAUAAUAAAUGUAGCAGAGAUUAAAUGGGUUAAAAUAACAGACUGUUAAACUCAUCAUGUGCUGAUCACAUAAUGUAUUUAUGUGCUUCAGGCUGCUGAGGCAGAAGAACCGCAGCCUUUAUAUUUACUGUAAAAAUAUCAGCACUGCACGAUGCUUCAAAUCUUUACUGACCACAGGCACUCGUCAUUACAAGACAAGGUUGCAUUGAUGCACAGAGUAAGCGGCUUAAGAAGUCAUGGUGAAGCAGAUAAAAACCACGGGGUUGCUUACUGAGAAAACUGCUGUAUAUAAGGGUCAUGUAUUGUCACCCCAAAGACAACAAGCUGAGUUUGCUCCCAGCAUGAUGCAUCAACUGCACAAGUUUCUGCUUUUUUAUCUUCUGACAUAUCUUGGACUUGCACAUGGUGGUGAAAUCAUAAAUGGUAAAAAGACCCCGGAGAACUUAAUGCUGUUUAUGGCUUCAGUGCAGAACAACAUGGGUCAUGUAUGUGGAGGAUUCCUCAUCAGUGAAGACUUUGUGGUCACUGCUGCGCACUGUGACCGCCAGAAUCCUACAAGUGUUGUUCUUGGCACCCACAAUCUCAGGAAGGUUGAUAAUGACACGAUGAGAUACAGUGUAAAGAGAUGCAGGUAUCCAUCUUUUGACAAUGAACGAUAUGGUCAUGACAUCAUGCUUCUCAAACUGUUUAAGAAAGCUCGACUGGGCAAAAGAGUUCAACCAACUCAACUUCCCAAGACUGACAUUAAAAUAAAAGAUAAGGAGAAGUGCCAUGUCGCUGGAUGGGGUUGGACUCAAAGUCGUGGUAAAGUUGUUGAUGUACUGCAAGUGGUGGACGUGCCCUUUGUCAACCUGGAGGUCUGUAAGAAAGAAUGGGCUGCUAUUGGUGGUAAUCUUCCUGACAAUGUUAUCUGUGCCGGUGGAUAUGGCACAAACAAAGGAUUCUGUCAGGGUGAUUCGGGUGGUCCUCUGGUGUGCAGUGGGAAGGCUGUUGGUGUCGUGUCUUUCAACAUGAGAAAAAACUGUGACUACCCAAAUGUUCCUAACGUCUACACAAAUAUAUCAAAAUACCUUUCCUGGAUCAAAAAUGUUCUCAAGCAAAAGGAUUGUUAAAUAUAGCAUACCUUUACUGUGUUGAACUGCCUUCCACUUAGCAUCAGGUCUGCUGGAAACUCACUUUUACAGAAUGGCCUUUCUUAACAAUUAACAUCUUUAUUUCUUUGGAAAUUAGUUUUUGUUUUUUGCUUGAAAAAUGCUUUUUAAAUAAAAGUUUUUUUUAUUUUUAUUAUGUUAUUGUGGCGAUAUUGCUGUGUUUAAAUCUCACUGUCAAUGUUUAAUCUGAAAUGCAAAAUAAAACCUCAGUGUCAAAUGUCA